AUGGAAAACGCCGGCCAGGAGGGCCCGGUCAUCGUGAAAGAGGGCCUCUUCGGCAUCCACGCGGAGCUUCGAGGCCCAUCCGGGACGUCUCGGAAGAUGACCUUCCCCAUCUACAGUGGCAUGGCCUACGUGUCGGCCUUUUACGAGGGCGGCUUCACGCCGAAGAUCACCUCCCAAAGGGCCUUGCUGGGAGUCGAUCCGAUCCAGGAUGGUGUCUGGCGCCUGACAAACAACGGUGGCCGUGAGUUUCGCCUCUAUGCCAUCCGGUCAUCGGGUGAGUUUGCAGAUGGAACCUAUCAGUUCAAUAGUCAGGGUGAGAUGAACAAGCCUUUCGACGGAUGGCUGCGCUUGGCAGAGGUCCAGGCGGCCGGCGACGUUGAAGUGCUUGACCAGCAUGCUGGAGCCAUCUUGACCGAUUGGGACAUGGAUGUCGAGCUGGGCACUUUGAGGUAUCAAUUCUCGAAAAGCGGCUUGCAAAACGUUCCGCUCCUGCACUUCGGCUAUGCCCACCAUGAGAAGAUGCUCACCGGUGUCUCACAACAGGUCUCUACCCUGACGCCCAUGCGGCCACCGACCAAAGGUCAGAUGGUGGGUGUUCUGGGUGAUUCCUGGGUCUUGGACAUCGACACCACCGAGGUGCUUCAGCUGGGGUUCCUGCCAGCGAACGAACCUGCCACAGAGUACGUGGACUACUUGGCCGAAAAGGCCCUGGGAACUUCCCAGUGGUUCCUGGAUUCGGACCACUGGAAACUGGCAAUGUUCCGUGGGAGCUACUAUUUCAGCGGGAAGGGCUUCCAGAAGGUCGCGUACGUUUGCCUCCUUCUGGAGAAGUUCUACGGCACCAGCCAUGGCGAGACACAGGCGUGUGCGGAGAUCCUGGCCAAAGGAUUCCGUUGCCUCUACGACCGCAGCCUUCUGGGAUGCGAUGGUGCUCCGAUUGGCGCCUACUACGAUGACUCCUGGGGAGGAGUUGCCAGCCGGGAGGGCUACGGAGAGCUCGGUUGCCGCAAUGCGGAUUUUGGAAACGCAUGCUACAAUGACCACCAUUACCACUUCGCCUACUACGUUGUCUCUGCCGCAAUCCUUGUCAAGCUGAAGCCAGAGUAUGCGACUUACGAGCCCUUCGUGUCCUUCGUGGAGACAUUGAUCCGGGACACCGCGAACCCAAGCCGGGAUGACACGUACUUUCCGACCUUCCGCGCUUUCGACUGGUUCGACCUGCACUCUUGGAGCCGUGGUGUCGUCCCAAGCGCUGACGGCAAAGAUCAGGAGUCCACUUCCGAAGAGCUGAACCUGUUGUAUGGAAUCAAACUCUGGGGCUCCGUCAUGGGGAAGCCUGUGCUGCGAGACCUUGGGGCGACCAUGCUUGCCCUCUGUGCCUUGACUGUGAGGGAGUUCUUCCUGAUGAAGUCAGACAACAUUCACCACCCAGCGGACUUUGUCACGAAUCAUGUGACCGGCAUCUUCUUCCAGAACAAGGUCGACUACGCUACAUGGUUCGGAUGGCGCUAUGAGUACAUCCAUGGCAUUCAGAUGCUUCCGCUGUCUCCGGCAUUGCUCCUUUCGCGCACGACAGAGUUCUGCACCCAGGAGUGGAACAACAUCCUGUCGCGGCUGGCUUUGCCGUCGACCGAUCCCUGGACGUCGAUCCUGCUCACGGGUACACUCGCGCUCGUGGAUCCGGCAGAUGCCUACUCCAGGCUCAUGGACAUUGACGACGCCUUCAUGGACGACGGCCUUACGAAGGUCUGGGCUCUCUACUGGACUGCCACGGCCGCAGCUGGAACGCCCCCUGGCACUACGACUGCUGGUGCCACCGUCUCGACCACGAACGCCGGGGGGUCCUCCACGUCCUUCUUGGCGCCGACAACGACCACGACUACGACGACUACAACGACCACAACGACUACAACGACAACGACCACAACCACAACUACCACAACAACGACAACUGCAGGGCCUUCCACGAACCCGGGCAUUCCGGAAGUCAACUUGGCCCUGGAGCGGCGCACAGAAGCUUCCAGCGAAGCGCCAACUUUCACCUCCCAGUGGGCCGUGGACGGCUUGUUUGCCACGCGGUGGAGCCCGGCAGAAGAGGAUGUGGCUCCAUGGAUAGCGGUCGAGCUGGAUGGCAUCUACCAGCUGUCCCACAUUGUCGUUGUGUGGCUUCAGUUCUACCCCGCCACCUAUGAGAUCCAAACCAAGGGCAGCGGGGACACCUGGGUGACCCUGGCCACGGAAGUGGGCCGCGCCGGUGCGGUGAAGACCGACUUGCAAGGCUCCGUCAGCUGGCUGCGCUUGCUUUGCCACGGCGGAGAGGAGCUUCGCGUCUUCGAGUUCCAGGUCUACGGUACGCUGGACACGGCGACGACCACCACGGAGCUGGUUGAGACAGGCACGUCCACCACGACAACCACGCCUUUCGACGGCCUGAACCUCGCUCAGGGCAAGCCAGUGCUUGCUUCCUCCUUCCGUUCGCCUACGGAGCAUGCCUACCGCGCAGUUGACGGCAUGCUUGAGACGCACUGGGCCUCCGCCCUUGCGCCGGAGCAGUGGAUCUGGGUGGACCUGCUGGGUGCAUACGAUCUCACCUCGGUGCUGGUUCUGUGGGGCUCGGACUUUCCAGGCCAAUAUUCCAUCCAGACGGCCCCCAAUGGCAUUGACUGGACGACAGCCGCUGUGGAGACGGGUAUGGCGGGUGCCGUCCGCACCACCUUUCCGGAGCAAGUCACAGGGCAGUGGAUCCGAAUCUUUUGCCACUCCAACACAGGUUGCGGCAGCAUCGACGAGCUGCGCAUCUUCGGGGCGGAUCCCAGCUUCCUCUCCACAACGGUCACCACGACGCAGCCAGGAGCUACAGCAAGCACGACGCCCAGCACCAGCGAAGGUGUCACGACGGAAGCUGCCACCACGAGCGCCGGUGCAGCGACAACAGGCUCUCGGCCCGCCGCUGUGAACCUGGCCCUGAACAAGCCGGCCCUCGCUUCGACAGGACUGUUUCAGACACGGGCUGUGGAUGGCUCGCUGACAACCCAGUGGUCAUCACUGCCCGGAGACCAGACCCCGUGGCUUUGGGUGGACCUUCGCGGACGCCAUGAUGUCUCCGAAGUGGUGAUCUCGUGGGCAUCAGAGUUUCCUGCAGAGUUCCGCCUGGAGGCUGGGUACAGUGCGGCCCAUUGGACACCUGUGAUCACAGCAGCAGGGCAGGCCAACAGCGAGGUACGCGUGGUCUUCAACCCGGUGAACUUGCAGUUCCUGCGCGUUCUUUGUACGGACCUGGGCUCUUCGAGCGGCUGCAGCAUUCGGGAGCUCGAGGUGUUUAACUCCGGCCCACCGGAGACCACAUCCACCUCCAGCACGACGCAGAGCACGAGUGUCGCAACAACUGGAUCCUCCGUCACUUCCGUCACAGUGGAAGCCACAACCGGUACCACCACCACCACGACUCCCAAUUCCACGGAUCCUGGUUCUGAGAACACUUCGACAUCGACGAUUACCAUCACCACCACGCUUGCUCCGAAUGUUGCUGAGAGGAAGCCCAUCCGUGCCUCGUCUCAGCGGUCGCCCACGGAGUACGCCGCACGUGCGAACGACGGCGACGAGGGCACGCGCUGGGCAUCCGGGGGAGGCCAAACGGAGUGGAUCCUGAUCGACCUCCUGGGCAAAUAUGUGUUGCACGGGGGAGUCAUCCUGUGGGGGGAUGCCGUGCCGACCAGCUACGGCCUCGAGGUCAGUUCUGACGGCGUGAACUGGGCACCGGUGUUUGAUGAGAUGGAGCCGUCAGUGGACUACCGCAACUACCACAGCCUGCCCAGCAUCAUCGGGCAGUGGCUGAAGGUGACAUGCCACAACGAAGGCACUGCCGGAUGCAGCAUGAAGGAAGUUUUCGUGCACGGCAUCCCGGCAGCGGACGUGAGCCUGGCCGAGCUCGAGGAGCUGGCGCAGAGGAACCUCGAGCUCAACCCACUCACGAAACAAAGCUCAGGCAUUUUCCUCUUCAGAUUCUCGUCCCCCGUCGUCAACAUUUUCUUCGUUGUAGCCCUCGGCUCAUCGCGCAAGAUGGCCUUUGAAGAGAGGUGUCUUCAGGAGCUGCCCCUUGUUGCAGCACUGAUGAGGGCCUACAUUCCCUCUGCCGCCUCGGUUCUGUUCGCAGCUCUCCAGGCGCGGCUGCUCGCUGCCUUCAGACGCGAGGCGCACCAGAAGUCCGACGAUGAAUUUCUGUGCAAAGUCCGCGGACACCGGGGUUUUGGGGCCGGGGAAUUGCGAGCGACAGGGAAUCGGCAAUGUCACGCCGGAGGCACUUGCAGUGACGGUGUUCUGUGA